GACGAGUUGUGGACGUCCUUACAUACUGGGCGCGCCUUUCAAACCUUUUGAAGCCAGGAGCGUCUCUUUUUGCUUCUGCUUUCUUAAUCUGGCUGCACCAUCGAUCCGACAAAAGUCAUGUAAGACAUUUGCUGCAACCACGUCCAUCGAACCUGUAGACGUUGCUAGACUGUUCGGAUAGCGGACACAUGGAAUGAUCAUGGGCCGUCCAAGCUGUUGCAGCCGUACCUUUCAAACAGGCACUUGGCUUUUAUGAGGCAAACAAGGCGAACCCUGCAAAGCAUGGUUCUAGCGUCUCUAGGAUAACUGCAAAUGAACGAGGCAUAUUGGUCAACCAAUGGAAGAUGGCCUGUAAAGCAGGAGUCCAAACCCACACUGUCCGAACCAACAGCAGAAUCAAGACUGUGCAAUUUGUCCAAGAGUUACAUGGUGCAAUGACUGCUGGAAAGACGGAGAGCCAAGAGCUAUCUGGUGUAGCCCAACGGCUUGCCUCAUUUGCAGCGGGUUGCUUGGGCACCAGCACCCCAGCUCACACAGGCUCCCGUUUGGGUAUCAUGGGCAACGUCUCAGAGGCAGAGCUGAAGGAGGUCCUUCACCACAUUGAGGUGCUCUCGAAACAACGUGCUUCAGCUGCUGCCGGGCGGCCAGUGCAAGGCAACCAGCCGGCCUUGACUUCAUUUGGCUACCCCGCAACUUCGAACAGUUCGUUUCAGCAAGCUUUUAAGGAGGCAUGUGGAGUUGAUGCAGAUCAUAUCCAUUUGCACUUGCCAAGAGAUGCCAGGGGCCAAGUGGACCUCCUCAGGAUUUUCAGUCUGGAAGAUGGGAAGGGAACACAUUUGGAGAGCUGUGAAGCUUUGGCUGAAUUCGUCGAUGAUCCCUCAGAGCUUCCGUUCUGUGAUGAGCCAUCCCUAGUAGAGCGCGAGGCAGAUGAGGCACAUUGGCUGCAAGACGCAAUUGCCAUCAAUGGUUUGCGAUCGGCGGUCUUUCACAACGUGACACUCGUUGAAGCACCCGAUCUUCAGGCACUUUCGAGACGUUGCAGGAGCAGGCGGCCAGCCCUUUGCAAGACGGCAUUGAGAGCGAUGGCAGAGCUUGCCAAGAAAGGUGUUCAGUGUGAUUGGAUUUCUGCUGCGGCAGAGGUAGUAGCUGCUUGCUUAGCCGCUAUGCAGCUGACCAAGGUCACGGCCAAAAUGGGGGAGGAGACACUGGAUGCUGUUUGUGGCAGGCUCCGAGAAGAUGCAUCUGUGACCGUCACCCUGCACGUCUUGACCAGUUUGAACUGCCCAGAGCUGAAGCACCCCACCUGUGUCGCAGCGCUGUUGAGGGUUUCAAGCACUUCGUUGAGCUCUCUGGGUGAGACGGAGGCUUUAACAGCCCAAGCUGCUGAAGAGAUUUCAGGCUUCUGUGAGGAGGUUCUGAAGAAUCGUCGCUUGUCGCCCGCCUUUUCGGAGGCCCGGGCGCUACAGCGCCAAGUGGCGAAGGUACAGAAUGUGCCUUGAGUCAUGGACAAUUGAGCUUGAAGGGGAAACUUGUGCAAG